ACCCGGUUUCAGAUGUCAUAUUGGCGUUGGAGGUUAGUUGCAAUACAUACAGAACUGCUCCCUUGCAUCUCGACUGAUCGAGUCGCGACGCAGAUGAACGACGAACCCCUCACAGUCAACCAUGGCUUCCCCGUCCGAGCAGUCAUCCCCGGCGUUGCAGGCGCUCGAUGGGUCAAAUGGCUUGACCGCAUCACGGUCCAGAAGGAAGAAUCAACAAAUUAUUACCAACGACACGACUACAAGAUUCUCCCACCAGACGUAACAAACUCCGACGAGGCAGAGAAGCACUGGGACAGAGUCCCCGCCAUGGAAGAGAUGCCCGUUAAUUCCGUCGUCGCUGUCCCAGACGACAACGAGACCGUCCAGCUUCCUCCGUCGGGAAUCGUCGAGGUCAGGGGGUACGCCGUCCCACAGGGCUACCACGGCCCCGUCACGAGAGUCGAGGUCUCGACAGACAGCGGCAAGUCUUGGAUCGACGCAGAGCUGGACGGGUCAGCGAGUUUGCAGAAUCGAAAAUGGUGCUGGGUGCUGUGGACAGCAUCAGUGCGAAUGACCAGAGGCGCGGGGAAAGAGAUCCUCAGUCGAGCAACGGACGCAGGAGGGAACACGCAACAGGAGCAUUCGCAGUGGAACCUGCGUGGUGUGGGAUACAAUGGGUAUGGAGCGUCGAGGAAUCUUACCAUUGUCUAG